AUUCAGAAUAGUUGGACAUCUGGAUCAAGCUGUCAUGAGAUUUUUUAGCCAAUAUUAAAAUAUCGCCACUUCUCCUCAAGCUGCCCGCUCACCAGAGCUUAGUUGAUCGACGGCUGCUUGGACGGACCAACGUCGCCCAAUAUCUCGAGUCCAAGCCACCAAGAACUUAAGUGCAAGAGAAAGAGAACGGGGAAGAGAUAUCAGGGGCAAUUUUACCAUGAAAGUCAUAGUCGCCGGGGUUACGGGCCAUGCCGGCUCAGAGGUCGUUAACCACUGCUUUGCGGACGAGCGCAUCACCAAGGUCAUUAUCCUGACAAGGAAAUCGGUCGCAAUGGAUAUUGAAAGCCAUCCUAAAGCCGAAGUAGUAUUGCAUCAGGAUUUUUCUCAGUAUCCCGAAGAGAUGAUGCGCACUUUUGAAGGGGCCGAAAUAUGCUUAUGGGCUAUUGGAGGGAGAGUCAACCAGUUCAAUAAUGACAAAGAAUUGUGUCGCAAAGUUGGUGUGGAAUAUACGCUGGCGGCUGCGAAUGCAAUGCUGAAACAUCUUGCCGACAAAGUUCCAAGCGGCAAGAAAUUUCGAUUUGUCUUCUGCAGUGGCAAAUACUCGGAGUGGAACCAGAAGCGGCCUCUUCUCUUUUUGGCUGAUUCUCGCCGUAUUAAGGGAGAAGUCGAAAAGGGUCUAUGCGACCUUGCAGAUGCAAAUCCUGACAAAUUCGAGACAUGGAUCUUGAGGCCCUCUGGCUUUAUCGAACCCAACGCCUCAUUCUCCAAAAAGCUUGUUGGCAGUCUCUAUGGCGCUAUCACGACUGCCCAGGUGGGCAAAGCGAUGGUAAAGGUAGCCUGCGAAGGCUGGAAGGACAGGAUCAUUGAGAAUAAUGCACUGCUCAAGAUGUAAUUUGAUGUUCUUGGACCCCUCCCUUUUUUUUAAUUCUUUAAUACUUGCGGCUACACAGCAACGGCAUACACUUUCAGAUACCCAGGUUGGCUUGUCACGAGAGCAAUGUUUCGAAUACCGGACUAUCACCACGUCUUUUUUUUCUUCUUUUUUG